UCAGUACAGGCGGGGGACAACUCCUCAGUUCACAGCACCUUGCAUAUGUAAGCGUGUUUUAUGUGUGUGUGAGGGGCAUGUGUGUAUGUUUGCCUUCUCACUUUAUCUUCAAGUGUGUCUCGCGAACAACAUUUUUGGAUUUGGAGGUAUUUAAAGGGGAAGCGCAUCUGAACAUCAGAACACCUGAAAUCAGAUGCUUCAAGCCAUCACCAUGGAAACGGACGCCAGUCACAUGCUGGAGGCAGCACUGGAACAGAUGGAUGACAUAAUCGCAGGUUCUAAAGCAGCAGCGGUGGAGUUUUCUAACAGCAUGUAUGACCUGGGCUCUCCCAUCAGCGCCGGUCCUCUGCAGGUGGUCCAGUUAGCCGAGGACCUCAAACUUGCCUUGGAGCUCCAAUCCAACCAGGAUGAGAGAGACAACCUCAGAGCACAGUUACCUACAGAUACAGCACAGAUCCUCAUAGACUGGUUACAGAGUGGAACUGUGGACCUGUGUUCUUCAGUCAACAAUGAAACAUACCAGGAUCGACUGCUCCGCCUAGAAGGAGACAAAGAAUCUCUGGUGCUACAGGUGAGCGUUCUGACUGACCAAGUGGAGGCCCAGGGAGAGAAGAUCCGGGACCUGGAAAGUUCUCUGGAGGAACACCGGCAGAAACUGGCCUCUACAGAGGAGAUGCUGCAACAGGAGCUGAUGAGUAGGACCUCUCUGGAGACUCAGAAGCUAGAUCUGAUGGACGAAGUGUCCUGCCUCAAACUGAAGCUGGUCAGCAUGGAAGAGACUCACACCGACACACACUCACAUGCUCCCGUGGUGGAGACAGAGCAGAACAAAGCCGAGUGUGUGGUAAAUCUCAUCAGUGAGCUUCAGGAGCAGAUGUGCAGGUUUCAGGAGGAGAUCAGCACUCGUAUCCAGGAGAAACGAGCACUGGAGGAGAUGGAGGCCCAGCAGGGGGAGCCCGUAGGCAGCCCAGCCCAGGGUCCCAGCCCUCAGGUUGGGUUAGCCAACUCAGACCUUAACCUCUCUGUCUCUGACGACCGGAUGCACAAUGGAGGACAGACUGUACACGAUUUGCUACAAGAAGUAAAUCAACUGAAGAGCAAAGUGGAGGAGCUGGAGGGAGAGAAGGGCCAGUAUGAGAGGAAACUAAGAGCCACCAAGGUAGAAAUAUCAGAGCUGCAGCAGCUCCUGGCCUCCAAAGACGCUGAGAUCGAAUGCCUGCAGACCCAGCUGCUGGCCAGAGGAGACUCAGCCGACGCCAACUCAGAGAGAGACCAAGAAUACCAGAGGCUGAAGGUGGGAAUGGAGACAUUGUUAGCUGCAAAUGAUGAAAAGGACCGACAUAUAGAGGAACUGACCAUUCUGCUCGGCCAGUACAGAAAGAUGAAGGAGGUCCUUGCACUCACACAUGGGAGUAGUGAAGAGGAGCUGAGCAGUUUAAGACUCAGAGCCAUCACACACAAAGCACAAUCUGAUAUCGUCAUGUCAGAGAUGUCAUCGAGAGGUUCUUCUCCACUGAUGCUAUCUUCAUCUCCGUACCAGAGAGAAUUGGACUCUAGUUUCCAGAACUCCAUGGACACCUCGCUCCUGUCUACUGGGGAUACUAGCUUUCUAAAUGGGUCAUGGCACCGGCGCAGGUUGCUGUCCAGCAGUCUCGAAGAGUUGCAGAGUGGAUCCUUAAAAAAGAUUCCACUCAUGGAACUAAGCAAGUACCAGACUCUGCCGGGGAAACUAAAAAGUAAAAAGAAGGAGCCGAGGGCCGAGCUGAACGGAGACAGAGACGGAGAGUAUUCAUCUCCCGUCCACGCUCACAACCAGGACUACACUUUUAGGCAUCCAGACAAGCUGGAGGAGGGCGUUCUAACGGACCAGUUCUCCCAGUACCCUGGAGUGGACUCUGGCCAGCAGUCCCCCGUCUCACCAGAGAACAGGAAGAGUCACAGAGGCAUUAAGAAACUGUGGGGGAAGAUCCGUCGCAGCCAGUCUGGCAGUCCGGCCCAGGUUCAUGACCCCGAGCUGGGAGAGUUCAGGAGGGGAGGCUUCAGAGCUACAGCUGGACCCAGACUGGCCCGUUCAGAGAACAAACGAGAUCUGAAGAUGCCUUUCUGUAAGUGGAGCUCGGAGCAGGUGUGUGACUGGCUUGAGGAAAUUGGACUCGGUCAGUACAGCAUCCUGGCCAGCCAAUGGGUGACCAGCGGGGAAACGCUGCUGUCAGCAACCUCGCACGACCUGGAGAAGGAGCUGGCGAUCAAACAUCCGCUCCACAGGAAGAAGCUCCAGUUAGCCGUCAAGAUGUUCAGCAGCAAGCAGCCGGAGAAAUCUGCAGAGCUCGAUUACAUCUGGGUCACUCGUUGGCUUGAUGACAUCGGACUCCCUCAGUACAAAGACCAGUUUAAUGAAGGAAGAGUUGAUGGGCACAUGCUGCAGUACCUCACUGUGAACGACUUGUUGUACCUUAAAGUGACCAGCCAGCUGCACCACCUCAGCAUCAAGUGUGCCAUUCAUGUUCUCCACGUCAACAAGUUCAGCUCCACCUGCCUCAAACGCAGACCUAGCAACGAGAACCAGAUCACUCCCAGUGACGUUGUCCAGUGGUCCAACCACAGAGUCAUGGAGUGGCUGAGAUCUGUGGAUCUGGCAGAGUACGCACCAAACCUGCGGGGCAGCGGUGUGCACGGAGGACUGGUAAUGCUGGAACCUCGAUUUAACUCGGACACGCUGGCCAUGCUGCUGAACAUUCCUCCUCAGAAAACACUGCUGAGACGCCACCUAACCACCAACUUCAACAGCCUGGUGGGAGCUCAGGCUGAGCAGGAGAAGAGGGAGUACACCGAGCCUGCAGGGUACACUCCGCUCAGCAUCACAGCUAAAGUCAAGCCGAAGAAGUUGGGCUUCUCUAACUUGGCUCACCUCAGGAGGAGGCGGCGAGACGAAUCCACAGACUACGUCUUUUCAGUCAAGUCGUCCUCUCCUCCGUCAGGACAGGCUGCAGUAAACGGGGUGCAGGUGCCGCCCUUCGCUGGCUUCAGAGGCCUGAGCCCGAUCCUGGACAGAGAGCCCGACCGCUCCAGGAACCAGAUGGUGAUCACAGAGGGUACCAUUUUUCAAAUAGAAGCGCUGUCUGAAAGCAUCAACAACCUCACAUACCUCCUCAGCCAGGACGAGCUGCAGAAGGAGCUGAAGCAGUCUCAGACGGCCCUUGUCUGAAGGACAAUCACCUGACAAUCAACACACUGUCAAUCAACCACAAAGACUUGUAGGAAUUAAUCUGAUGCCUGUACUGAACGCCAAGAACCUGGAGGUUAUGCAUAAAACCAAAGUUCCCUGAAGGAGGGAAAUAAGGUUCAACAUAUUAGUGUGGGGAUUGCGUCCUCGCAACACCAACCUGAAGAAACCUUUUUUCUGUCAUUUCUUGCCAUAUUAUGCUCUAAUAUGUAUCAACAGACUAUAAUUGACACAUUUGAAGCAUUUUUAGGCAUUUUAAAAUUUGACCUUUUUUUUUUUAAAUAUAUUUUUUGUCCAUUUUAAUGCUUUAUUGAGGGUGGAUGGAGGGAGACAGAGAGGAGGACAUGCGGGAAGAGGUUCUGAGUCAGAUCUGGACCUGGGCCGCCCACUCUUUAGGACAAAGCCACUAUGGUAUGUGCUCUACCAGGUGUGCCACCGGGACGCCCCGAAAUUUGACCAUUUUUUGACAAAAAUCGACAUACGUAUGACUUUUUGUUCAGUUUUUGGACAUCCCAUAAUAUGGUGUUUUUUUCCACUAUUUUUGGACAAGCUAUACUACCACAUGUAUCAACAGACUAUAAUUGACCAAUUUUAAGCAUUUUUGGGCAUUUUAAAAUUUGACUAUUUUUGACAAAAAUCAACAUGCGAUAGUAUGACUUAUUUUUGAGCGGGUAAUUUUUGGACAUCCCAUAAUAUGGUGUUUUUUCACAAAUUUUGGACAAACUAUACUACCGCAUGUAUCAACAGACUAUAAUUGACCAAUUUUAGACAUUUCAAGGGCAGUUUAAAAUUUGACCCUUAUUGACAAAAAUUGACAUGUAUGACAUAUAGUAUGACUUUUUUGAGGGGUAAUUUUUUUUUUACAUCCCAUAAUAUGGUGUUUUUCUGUCAUUUCUGGCCGUAUUAUCCUCUUAUGUAUAUGCAUAACCUCCAGUUCCCUUCCAGUCGGUACACUCGGUAGAACACAUGGAGACAGAGCAUAACGCCUUAAGACGCCCCUUUGCAGCUGGACUGAGGGGACCCAGACCUGGCACAGCAGCUACAGUAAAGCAGAUACUUUAAUGGCCCGCGGAGAGCACAGACUGAGUGAUAUGGUGGUACCAUCUGCGAGGGAGACGUUGAAGUUUUCUUUCAUGCCCAUGUAUUUAGUCGGAGGGAGGACUUCAUCCAUCUGGUCGCCCCAGGACUGACUUGAUCUGUCCUCAUCGUCUAGGCCUCCAAGCUCCACCGCCUUGGUGGGCUUACCGGCUUCGGACAACAGGGUUCAUCGCAAGCGGCAAAGCCUCCCAACAUUCUGGAAAGGAAAG